UUCUGAAGUUUCUCGCCCUAAAGGAUCGAAACCCAAACCCUAACCCUAGGUCGCCAUGGAUGCGCUAAGGAAGCAGCUAGACGUGCUGAUGGGCGCCAAUCGCAAUGGUGAUGUUGCCGAGGUCAACAGGAAGUACUCCGACCGCGAUGUGUGUCGUCUCUACCUCGCUGGCCUCUGCCCUCACGAUCUCUUCCAGCUUACGAAAAUGGAUUUAGGUCCUUGCUCGAAGAUACACUCGCUGCAGCUGAGAAAAGAAUAUGAAGAAGCAAAGGCAAAAGGUCUAUGCAAUUAUAGCAGAGAGCUUGAGGAUAUGAUAGAAAGACUUAUACUUGAGUGUGAGAGGAAAAUUCAACGAGCCCUCAAGCGGUUGGAGGACGAAGAUGCUAAGGCAGCUGUUGCUAUAUCUGUGUCUGAGGUUACCCAGACACCGGAGAUCUUGGAGCUGUCCAAGCAAAUAAAGGAGAAACUGAAAGAAGUUGAUGCUUUUGAUUUGGAAGGAAAAACUGACAACAAAAUUCAGGCAUUAGAAGUUGUGGAAGAACUCCGAGCCAAAAGAGCUGAUAAACAGUCAGUGCUUCUACUCGACGCUUUUAACAAAGAUAGGGCAUCUUUGCCACAACCUUCUCAGCUAGCACCAGUGCCUGUACUUGCUCCACCGGAUCCUCGUACCCAGGAAAUAAUUAAUGAAAAACUGAAGAAGGCGGAAGAUCUUGGGGAAAAGGGAAUGAUAGAUGAGGCUCAAAAACUGUUAGAAGAGGCAGAGGCUCUGAAAAAGCUUGGUGGCAGACCAGAGCCAGUUCUGGAUUCCUCAAAGUAUACUGCGGCUGAUGUGCGAAUUACUGAUCAGAAGCUUCGUGUGUGUGACAUUUGUGGAGCAUUUUUGAGUGUCUAUGACAAUGAUCGUCGUCUAGCAGAUCAUUUUGGUGGGAAACUUCAUCUGGGCUAUAUGCAAAUCCGAGAAAAGCUAGCUGAAUUUCAGGAGGAGAAGAAUAAAAGUCGAAAGAGAGAUCGAUCUGAGGAUGAUCGGAGGUCAAAAGAGAGAAGCCAUGACCAUGACAGAGCAGGUAGUAGGGAUCGUGAGCGAGAUAGGGAUGACCAUGGCAGUCGAGAAAAGGCAAGGGAUAAUGAUCGUCGAAGUAGAGAUCGUGACAGGGAAUAUGAUCGGGAUCGGGAGCGGGAGCGCAGAGACUCGGGUAAAUCUCACAGCUAUGAUUCAAGGAGCCGACGAAGAUCACGCUCACGUUCAAGAGAGCGCAGUAGAGACUAUGAUCGUCAUAGCAGGCACCGUGAUCGGUAUGAUCGCCACUGAAGCAUCCAGCAAAUAUAGAAAAGAUGACCUGCCUGCAUGCUGGCUUUUUGAAGUUUCUAGUUUGUCCUUGUGUGGUGAACCAUAAUUAGUAAAUGCCUGAUUUAACACAGGCAAGCUAGUAGUUUGUAGUGCUAUUUACUCAUGUCUUUCUCAUCGAUAUCCUCAAAACGGCAAGACUGACAUACUGGGAAGGAGCGAUGCAUUGUUAUUUUCAAAAACCUCCGAUCGGAAUGCCGGCCGUUUGUUCUCUAUUUUAUUUGGUAUGUUGUUUUUUAACUGUUAGUAACUGAAAUGGCAUUGAUAUAUGUUAUGGUGGGGUCCGUUGUACUCCUUGAUCA